CGACAGGAGCGACCCACGCUCUCGCUGCCCCAGUCGCUGCAGCCUCGGGCGGAGCGAGGUGAGCGGCGGGCUCUUGGAAGCGGCUCCUCGCUCGGCGCGCGGGAUUCGUACUUGGUUCAGAGAAGCGACAGGCUCUUCGCGGAAGCGACGCGGGGGGAUCCGGAAAGCUCGACGCCUCGUCUUCGUCCCAGAGGAUUCCCAAAGCCGGCAGUGAUAUAGACCAUUGAUUGAUCGCGGAGGUCGGUCGCUGAAGGAGCUGGCGGGCGUGAUGCAACUUCUCCGAGGUUUCCUGGUAGCUCUUGCCCUGCAUGUGGUGGGCGCGCAGAAGAAAGAUGUGAUUCUUCAGAAUAGCAAAACUGAUGGAGCAGUGGUAUCCUUUUUUGAUGUUUGGAAUCGCAGCUCCUGCCAGCCCUUGGAGAAACUGGUCAGUGUUGUAUCAGAAUACCCACAUGAAGUGGAGCACAUGUUCAAACCUUCCUGUGUUUCUUUGCGUCGCUGCUGUGGAUGUUGUAGAGAUGAAGCACUGCAAUGUGUUCCAGUGGAAACGGCCGAUAUCACUAUGGAGCUCAAGAAGAUCAACCCAGAUAAUCAGUUAUCCUUCGUGGAGUUGUCAUUUACUGAACACAGGAAAUGUGAAUGCAGGCCCCGACAAGAUGCUCUGAAGUCAGGGAGGAGGAGGAGACUCAAGGGACGCAGCAAGAAGAAGCGGGCAAAGCAGAGACCCAAAAAUUGAUCUCUAUGUGUGCCAUUUGAUGAUAGCUGUUGCUUUCUCAGCCAAGGGCAGUGCCACAAUGCCUCUUUUUAAAUGCUAAAUCAUCUUCAACAUUCCUCUGCAAUUACAAUUUUGACUGAUGAAUUCAGGGGUCUGGUAACAGCUUGCUCACUUGAAGUGCCAGAGCAAAAAGGGAGGAGUAAAGACAACAUCCAGUGAAAAUAUGUCAGGACAUUCUGAAGGAGAUGUUUAUAUAUAUAUACCUGUUUAUCUCAGUCCAUUCCCUGUCCACACAGAGCUAAUAUUUCACUCUGAUUUUUGCAGAAUUGAGAGUAAAAUGGAAAUACAAGAAAACAGCAGCUGGUUUAUGUUUUAAGUAUUUGGAGUUUGGAGAACUUAAGCUAUUAAGACAAAUGCGAAUACUUCCUCCUGGAUAUUUUCUGGAUAUUAUCUCUCAGUUGAGAAUUGAGAAAUGAAAGGGAAGAAAAGUUUGAGCUACGCUUUGCCAAUCCUUGUUUACGUCUUGUUUUUCACCAGGGUUAAUACCUGGAGAACACUCCUUCCUAUAAAAGAUGUCUAAAGCAACAAAUUAACCUUGAUAAAUAAGAGCUAAAACUCCUUGUCAAGUAAUAUUGUAGAAGUCAGCACUUCAGAAAUCAGAGCCCCAGGCAAGGAAAAAGGGAGAGCAGAGAAUGUGGUUCCUGCUCAAGUUACUAUCAGUUUAGUGUACAUGUAGGCCUUUGUUCCCCUAGGAAAAUUAGUUCUGGAAUAUCCCCACAAAAUCAUUUUUCUCAAGAAAAUGUAAUGUUGUGCUUGACACGUUUUGCUAGCUCUCCUGCAUAACUUGCAGUGGAAAUUGUAACUGCUUAUCAGUGUAUUGGAUUUUGUUCAUACAUGUAGUCCUCGGUUUGCAACCACAGUUGAAACCAACUUUUCCAUUGCUAAGCAAGACAUUUGUGAAUUUGACCCAUUUUGCAACCUUUCUUACCAGUU